UCUCUCUCUCUCUCGGUGCUAGCUGCAGCAUGAGCGAUCUCCCGCCGGCGGCGGCGAUGGGGGGCGAGCGGGACAUCGAGCUGGGCCUUCCCACCACCAACACCACAUCAGGCUACACGCGUCAGCACAUUCUCGAAGACAUCCGCCAGUUCUCGACGCUGCUGGGCAGCACGCCCACGAUGCUUCACAAGCUCAAGGAAGCCAACGAGGAGUUGAAAUCGGCCGCUGAAUCUGCUGCAGUGAAAGAAAUUAGGGGGCGCAUGGAGAAAGACAUGGACGAGGCGGCGAAGAUAGCAUGGAUCAUGAAAGAGAAGCUAAGAAGAAUCUUCCCAAGGUGUGCUGGUUCCAGUUCUGAACAAUAUGUCAACCGGUCAUGCAUAUCCAGGGACCCUGGAUCCGUCAACACUGUCCAUCAUCACGGCACUGAAGAUGAAGCUUAAGGAAAGAAAGAAAGAUCUUGAGAAUCUGGGAAAAGCUAUCCAAGAAGAGUACAUAGAAGUGGUUCAGAGCAGGAUUUUCACAGUCACCGGAGUAAAGCUCUCUGAUGAGGUGAUUCGCGUGAUCGACACCAGCAGCAUCAUGCAGAUGUUUGAGCACAGAGUUCAUGGAAUAGGUCCAGAGCAGGCCAGCGCCAUAGGGGAGGAAAUCAAGGAGUGCCGUGCUGCGGCCAUGGAUCUCGGCAAGAAGGCUGUUGAGGUGCAAAAGAAUUUCAGGGAGAUGCUGGCGCUUGUCAAGGCGCAGGAGAAAAUAGUCAAGGCACUGAGUCAGGUCGAUCCGUGGCUCCCUUCUCAUUUCGCCUGCCAGUCUCAUUUACCUGAUCGAUAUAUGUUUGUGGAUGUGCCUGGGAGCUAAGCUAAUGCUUGGUGCUGAAAAAUGAAAAUGUGGUGCCAGGUCCGUUAGAGUGCUGAGGCCCGUGCACGAUCUAUUGCGGAGAAUCUGGCCCGUGCACGAUCUAGGGUCGAGGAGCUGCGCCAGGAGAUGGAGGAGACAAAGCUGCUCAUCGCACUGGUUGUGACCCUCUUCUUGUUGUGCAUCGUCGCGGUUACCCUCGGAAUCUCCGGCUGACCACUUACGGAGUAGUACUUGUUCCUACCUAGUACUUCCAUUGCAUGGCACGCAACUGGGAUUUUAGAACAAUUUUAUAUCGUGGCAUGGCAGCAGUGACUUGUUUCGUGACUUUCGUGGGAGUGGUAUGCUAGUAGAACUUCUGGGAUUGCUGUAAUAAUGUCCAAUCAUGUGUGUGCGCGGGCGUUGUUUCCUCGACCGUGUGGAGAUGCUUUCCUCGACCAUGUUUCCCAACACGUAGUAUUUGCUUAGUUGUGUGGAGAUGCUUUUCUCGACCGUGUUUCCCAACACGCAUUUGCUUAGUUGUGUGGAGAUGUUUACACUAAAAUUUUACUAUGUUGCACUC